AUGCGUUACGUUGACCUCCUUGGGUUUCUCUCGCCCGCCCAUUCGUUCCCCUUAAUAACUCAAUUAUCCUUUGUGUUUGGAUUUCUCUUUCUUCUCAGCUUCGAUUUUCUGCUUGACGUCAACUUCUACGACCCAGUGCCGCCGUGGAGCAUGGAUCCCGUAAAUGACACAUUUCUGUUUCAGAAUAAGAUGGUAGUCACAACUUCCCUUUCAUGGAGAGCGAUGGAACUAGUCCUAAAGCCAAUUAAACAACCUAUGAUCAUCAUGCAAAUUAUGGGAGGUAUAAUUCUUGGUCCUUCGUUGGUAGAGCGCACCAGGAUUCCUUCGGUUCUGUUCCCCAUAAGAUCGAAAACGACAUUGGAUACAAUAGCAAGCUUCGGUGUCAUUCUUUUCCACUUUCUGGUGGGAGUGAAGACGGACUUCACCAUGAUAACAAAAUCAGGAAGGACUGCAGUGGCUAUAGGGAUAUCAGUCUUCCUCUCUCCAUACAUCCUGGGUCCGCCCCUCAGCUUGUUUAUCAGGUAUUUUAUCCCCAUGGGGGAAAACUUAGGGACAUUGGUUCCCGUUUUAGCAGCAACACAGUCGGUGAUGAUAUUUCCAGUUGUAUGUUCCCUUUUGUCGGAGCUCAGGUUACUUAAUUCCGACUUUGGCCACCUGGCCAUGUCUUCUUCCAUGAUCCUGGACGUAUGCAAUUGGUUUACCAUGGCCAUCAUUCAUGCCCUGGACGUUGGAAAUGCAGGAUUUGGACGUUUAACUUGGCUAUACUCUGCUUUGUCGUGUGUGGCCAUGGUGGGCUUCAUUUUUCUGGUUUUCCGGCCAACCUUAAUGUGGGUUAGCCGGAACACCCCACAGGGAGAACCAGUGAAGGAGGGGUACAUUGCAUCUAUCCUUAUAACAUUGCUGGUAUCCACCCUCAUAAGCGACACCAUUGGUCAACGUUACCUAUUUGGGCCUUUAAUUUUGGGGAUUGCUGUACCAGUUGGACCUCCUAUAGGCUCCACUUUAGUGGACAGGCUUGACCUCAUCACUACAUGUUUGUUCUUUCCAAUCAACUUCGUUAUCAUCGGAAUGCAGACUAAUGUGCGUAGCAUACACAUGGAGACUAUAGAGAUCAUGUCGCUAGUUGUCCUAGUUAGCUCAUUGGGAAAGAUAGCAGCAGCCAUGGUGCCUUCCCUCUGCUUCAAGGUACCAAUUCGCGAAGCUCUCUUGAUUGGCCUCGUCAUGAAUGUUAAUGGAAUCAUCGAAAUUAUCACCUAUGGCAUCUGGAGGGAUAAAAAGAUAUUAAACGAGGACACCUACUCAGCCCUGAUCAUCUUGGUGUUGUUGGUAACAGGGAGCAUUUCACCCUUAGUGAAAAUCUUGUAUCGCAAACGCUCAAGGAAAUACCUCUCCUGCAAGAGAAGGACCAUCGAACACUCAAAACACGAAACAGAGUUCCGAAUACUUGUGUGCGUCCACAACCAAGACAACGUACCCACCAUUAUCAAUCUCCUGGAAGCCUCAAAUGCCACAAAAGAUAAACCCAUAUUUGUUUUCAUUCUACAACUGGUAGAGUUAGUGGGCCGCUCUACUCCUUUCCUUGUGUCCCAUGUACAACAGAACAAAUCGCUCUCAGCAUCCACCGGACUGAACUCGGAACGUAUCUUAAAUGCUUUCAGUUAUUACGAACAGCAAAACAGAGACCGUGUUAUCCUGCAGCCCUUCAUCGCCAUGUCUCCAUAUGUGUCCAUGCACGAAUACGUAUGUUCAAUGGCUGCCGACAAGAAGACCUCCAUCAUAAUCCUUCCUUUUCACAAGCAAUGGGCGGUUGAUGGCAGGGUUGGGUCGGUGAAGGCUGCGGUCAGGAAUCUUAAUUGUAAUGUGCUCGAUAAGGCCCCCUGCUCUGUUGGCAUCCUUAUAGACCGGGGUGUUCUCAAUGGCUCCAGGUCCGUGCUCUCGUGUUUGUCGUCUUACAAAGUUGCAGUGCUCUUCCUGGGCGGAGCGGAUGAUCGAGAGGCUCUAGCCUAUAGUGCACGUAUGGCUCGACAACGAAGCGUCAGGCUCACCGUGGUUCGGUUCGUAGCCAUCAAUGACAGGAGCAAUACUGACAGGGAGAAGAAAUUCGACGGGGAGGCAUUGAAUGAGUUUAGGCUGAGUAAUAUGGGGAAUGAACGCAUCAUGUACAGGGAGGAGGUGGUGAAAGAUGGGGAGGGAACGGUGAAUGCGAUACUGGGAAUGCGGAAUUCCUAUGAACUAAUGAUCGUGGGAGGACAACGCAAGAAGAAUUCGCCGUUUUUAAUGGGCCUUACCGACUGGAAUGAGUGUCCGGAGUUGGGAACCAUCGGAGACAUGCUCGCCUCUACUGAUUUCGACGGUAAAGUCUCAGUUUUGGUAGUGCAACAACAGGCCAGAGUGGUAGGACUAGGAUUUGUUGGGAACGACGACACCCCCAUUAACGUUAACGCUAGGUCACUCGCUAGAAAUAAGAUGAAGUCGUUCGCUAUUCACGAUGAGACGGAUGAUGAAGAGAAGCAAAGAGUCGCCGCCUGCCACCACCUGCUACCGCCGUCCUCUGCCACCCGCCGCUGCCUCCACCCACCUCUGCAUCCGCCUCAGCCUCCAGCAACGUUGCCGGAGGUAGAGGUGGCGGUGGCAGCAGCGUUGGUGGUUUCUUUGUCCAACGCUACCACCUCUACCUCUGGCAACAUUGCUGGAGAAAGCGACGGACAGCAGCAUACGACAAUGGCAGGUGAUGGUGGACGGUGGCGAACGAUGACUCUAGUGAACAAAUGGCAAGAAGAAUAA